AGCUGUGCACAGUUUGUGUAAACAACGCAAUGGAGGAGCAGUGUCAGGCCAUGCAAGGACCUCCUGUCCCUCAAUUCCAUGCACAGGGCAAAAUCUAAGGAGAAAGUCCCAACCACCAGUCCCCUCUGGUCCUCAGGGAACAACAAUUGAGAAUCAAAGAGAUAAAGUGGAAGAAACUGGAAUCCAAGUUGGCCUCAGCAGUCACAAGGGCCAUUGGUUGUACUGUUUGGAGUAGUGUUUGCAAACCAAGGAAGCAGCAAAGCUGAGACUGAGGCAGGAUUGAUGCUUCAAACUGAAAUAAUCUUGCAGCAUAGGUAGAUAACAAGGCAGACAGAAAGCAUUACGACCAGACAUGGGUUAUAACAUACUUGCAAAUUUCCAAAUCGGGAAGAUGAUUGGAAGAGGCCAGUUUAGUGAAGUUUACAGAGCAACAUGCCUACUGGAUGGUGUACCUGUUGCCCUGAAAAAAGUCCAAAUUUUUGAUCUGAUGGAUGCCAAGGCUCGAGCUGAUUGUAUCAAAGAGAUUGACCUCCUUAAGCAAUUGAACCACCCGAAUGUUAUCAAAUACUAUGCAUCUUUCAUUGAGGAUAAUGAACUGAAUAUAGUAUUGGAAUUGGCAGAUGCCGGGGAUCUUUCCAGAAUGAUAAAGCAUUUUAAGAAACAAAAGAGACUGAUCCCAGAAAAAACAGUAUGGAAAUACUUUGUGCAGCUCUGUAGUGCCUUGGAACACAUGCAUUCUCGCCGUGUCAUGCACAGAGAUAUUAAACCAGCCAAUGUAUUUAUAACAGCCACAGGGGUGGUGAAGCUGGGAGAUUUAGGCCUGGGCCGCUUCUUCAGUUCUAAAACCACAGCUGCACAUUCUUUAGUGGGAACCCCUUAUUACAUGUCACCUGAGAGGAUACAUGAAAAUGGAUACAACUUCAAAUCUGAUAUUUGGUCUUUAGGAUGUCUUCUUUAUGAGAUGGCUGCAUUGCAGAGCCCAUUCUAUGGAGACAAAAUGAAUCUUUACUCUCUCUGUAAGAAGAUCGAGCAGUGUGACUACCCUCCCUUACCAUCUGACCACUACUCUGAGGAGCUGCGAAUGCUGGUGAAUACCUGUAUCAACCCAGAUCCAGAGAAGAGACCAGAUGUCACCUACGUUUAUGAAGUUGCAAAGCGGAUGCACGCUCUAACAGCCAGUAGCUAGAUCAGAUUCAGCGCCAGUAGUUUUCCAGUUAUUCUUAUACUUUCAAGUAUGUUUAAUUCAAUAUUGAAAGAGGGGAUACUGUGGGGAAGGAACUAUGGAAUCAUUUCAGAUCCCUUUAGCACGGCAUAGUUAUUUGACGUACUGUAUUGCCCAAAAAGCCUAACAGAAAUACUACUUUGGGGAUCAGCAUUAUUAGAAAACUUUUUAUAUUGGAUUCACACUGCAGGGUGCACUGGACGACCAAUGAUUAUCAGUGUGAAUAACAAGUGAAAGGGAUAUUACAGUCCAAAAUACAAGUUGCACCUAUAUGUGUUUAUAAAAUGUACAGUCCUGCCUACACAGUAGCACGAUAUAUAUAUAUAUAUAUAUAUAUAUAUAUAUAUAUAUAUAUAUAUAUAUAUAUAUAUAUAUAUAUAUAUAUAUAUAUAUAUAUAUAUAUAAAUAAAUAUACAUGCAAACCAAGACCUAGAAAGAAGGUAUACUUGCAACAGAAUAUUUACACUUGAUUUGUUCCAUGACAUACUGUACUUUCUAACAGUUCAUAAAAAUGUAUUAAUGUACACGUGAGUGAUCGAAGAUGCACCUUUAGAGAAUAAUAAUGUGCAAUUUGUUGUUUUUUAAUACUUUGUCUUAUUACAAGAUAAUCAUAAAAUGUUUAUUUGCCUAGCCUGUUAUGGUUUUUAGACAACCUGACAAAUGUUCAUGAUAUUAUUUACAAAAUGAUGUUUUAUACCCAUUUGCCUUAUAAGGGGAAAUCCUUUUAAUGGUUUUACCUUUCUGUGGUGCCUUUGUCUAAUGUUCUAUUAAUUUUGAAUGACCCUAGUUGCCAGAAAAUAGUUUGAAUUCAUAUUUUUUUCCCCUCCUUGUUAUCAGCCAUUCAUCUUUGGCUGCCUUAUAACUGUGUGGAUAUUGUAUGCCCAGAAUAUCGGGUGGCCCACAAACCUGUUCCAAAUCUGUGAUUUUGGUGGAUGUGGGUGCAUGUUGCAACCUCCUCCCCAUUUUUGCUGUCAAACCCGAUGUGAAGAAAGACACAGAGGAGGCAGGAGUUUUGAUCAGUUAGCAAUACGCUAAACAUAUUUAAUGCACCAUUUGCAGGAAACACCCUUGAAGGGCAGCCUUUUUGGAUAAGGAGGAUUCCAUACUGAAAAUUAAUGAGCACGCUGUUUACAAGUAUCUUAGCUUAUGGUUGUUUGUGACAUUCUGUGAAUUUCUCCUUUUAACUGAUAUAUAUUAGAUUUGUGUUCUUAAGAGGAUUGACAUACUUGCUGUUGAGCAAUAGUACCUUUUACAUUAACCUCUUUUGCAGCAUAUUAAACCUAAUUUAAAGCAUGUUAGUGUGUUUAAAAAUAUUUCAGUUUACAUUUAUCAGUAGUUCAUUGCAAAUUGCUGAUCAUGCUGGAAUCAGCCAGUUAGAGGGCAGAACCUUUCAGUGACUUAUACCAUGACUGUUGGUUGCAACUAAAAACAAAGUUUGGUUGAGCACCUCACAAAUAAAGCCUUAAAUAUCUGAACAAUUGUAAGAGAACAAUUAAUACAAACUACUUGUGAAGCAGAUUUAUCCACUAGAGUUUAGUGGAUUUUUUUUUUUAAUGACAUUUCCUCUUUACUUUUUAAGUUACGUGUAGGACCAAAAACUUUAGGUGUGACUGCAACAAACAGAUGCCUUAAUAAAUAUAUUUUCAGCAUACAUUGAGUUAUA